CUACAGCAUGAGCCCCGCGUGGAACAUGUUUGCGAGGUAUCCCCGAAGGAAGAUCCAUUGAUGAGAACGAUACCCGGGAGCUCCGCUUGGUCCAGGAUACGUCGUUGGUUUCUCGGAACACGGAUAACGUCGCCACUGCACCCGUUCACGCGAUGGUGCCUGAAGAGUACUCGGGCGAUUGAUUACGAGAUCAGUCAUCAUCUCAAGUCCCAUCCUUACAUGAUCCAUCCCUUCAGUUCCUUCAGAAUAUUUUGGGAGUCUAUCAUGACGCUGUUCAUCAUAGUUGUUCUGCUCAUCACACCGGUUUUCCUCACAUUUUAUUUUGACGAAUGCGCGAAAUGGUAUAUGUACAAUCACGCGAUCGACGCCAUGCUCAUGUGCGACAUAAUAAUCAGGUUUUUCACCGGUCACUACGAUUCUCGUACGCAACUGGUGAUUCUGGAUCCGAGGGUUGUAGCGAGCAAGUAUCUACGAGGUUUCUUCAUCGUGGACGCGUUAUCCGUACUACCGUUGGAAUUUAUCGUCGUGCUCACCGACUCGAUGUGGUACCUGACCUCAUUGAACUUGCUGAAAAUACUGAGGAUACGAACCGUCAUCGUUUACUCGCGCAAACUCUAUCAUGUAUACCGAAUUAAUUUUCACCUGUACAAAAUAGCGGAGAUAGGCGUCAUCAUCGUCGUGGGCGUGCAUUGGGCCGCCUGUAUAGAGUAUUAUCUACCAUUGGUGGUUGACAAGAUAGCCGGACAGAAAGAUCCAUCUUGGAUACGAUCACCUUACAUGGAGAAGAGGGAAACGAAAUACAAAAUUUACCUGACUUGCAUUAAUCGAGCUAUCAUCGCCCUAAUUGGAGCUGCGCAAUAUUUGGAUGUCAGUGCACCAGAAGACAUUAUAUACAAUCUAAUCUUGUCUAUCUUCGGAUUUCUCGGAUUCGUGUAUCUACUGGCGCGAAUCUUGCAAUUGAUGACGACGUUUCAUUCGACCGACAAGAGACAUUUGAAAUUAAUCCAGCAGCUGCAACAAUACAUGACGUACAAAGAAUUACCGCAUUCUUUGCAGCGACGAUUGCUGAUCUACUAUAAUUACCGCAACAAAAAGGGAUUCGAGAGGGAUAAGAUAAUCAUCAAUCACGUAUCGCCUUACUUGCGAGAGAAGCUUCUUCUGCAUAGCUAUCUACGAUUGCUGAAUAACGUGAGGCUAUUUGGACACUUGCCGCAGUUAGUGGUGACGCAAUUGAUUAGUUCCGUGUGCUCCGAGAUUUUCAUGCCGAACGACGCGUUGGUCAGAGCCGGGACACGCGGUGACGCCUUGUACUUUAUUGCUUCCGGCACCGUGGCUGUCUACAACAACGUUGGGAAGGAGAUCUACCACAUGGAGGACGGCGCGUACUUUGGCGAAUUGGCCCUAGUGAUCGAGGACGAGCAUUGGAUCGCCAGCGUCGUCGCCGUCGAGAACUGCGAGGUCUAUAUCCUGUCACGCUCCGAUUUUCAACACACUUUGGCGCCCUAUCCCGAUCUCUUGGCCCAUCUCCAGAACGUCGCUCUCGCGCGGCUGGAGCAGACGCCGCUGCUCAAGAAGGUCCACGAGGCGGAUGCGUCGCCGUCGUUCGGAAACGUCAACAUCAGCAGCAUAAAGGCCAAGAAGAGGGACGGUAUGGCGAGAUUCGACGAAUAAGAUAAGUUUUCUGUUUAUACUCAU